AUGGCAACUCACUCGCUGCAUGCGCUGGCCACGCUUUCGCUGGCACACAACUCGGUGGUGGCGCUUCCGGCGUGCUUGUCGCACCUGCCGGCGCUGACGAUUCUCAAUCUUGCCGACAACCUCCUCGCCUCACUCCCAGACGACCUGCUGGCAUGCACCAGCCUUCGAGUUCUUAAUCUUGCCGACAACAAGCUCGGAUCAGCAGAUGCGCCGCUGCCGGUCUUGGACUCGCUGACAAUGCUGGAGCGGCUGGUUGUCGAGGGCAACGCGCUCGACGCGCUGCCGCUGGCAUCGCUCAACAACAUGCCGGCGCUGCGAAUCAUCCGGGCGUCGCAGAACAGAAUCGGUCACUUGGACCCGGAGCUGUUUGAGGGAGGAGAGGGUUUGCACACGCUCGAGCUCUCGGACAAUGAGCUCUCUCGUCUACCGACAACAAUUGCCGAGCUCAGCUCGCUGGCUAUCCUCGAGCUGGCGCACAACCAGUUAAGCGAGCUGCCCGGGGAGAUCGGGCGACUGGACAAGCUCACGAUACUUGACGUAUCCCACAACCCAGGGCUUAAGGCCAUGCCGGCCGAAACGCUCUCACUCGUCUCUCUUCGUCGACUUAACCUCUCGUACACGCUUGUGUCAGACGUGCCCGAAGUCGGCCUACUGGACAAGCUGCGGUACCUCAAUCUCGCGGGCACACCAAUCGACAACAUCCCCUCCGAGAUUUUCCACCUUCGGGAGCUCAACCACAUUGUGCAGCCAUAGCAGCAAGGGAAGAGGUGUUACUUUCGCGGGCGGCGCGACGGCGGCCUGCGGCCAGUCCUUGGCGCGGGACGAGCCCUAGUCUUGUGGUCGAGAUUUCCAGCGCUCGACGGCGCCGCCACGCCUCCUGCAGCCGGCCGCUUGAUCUUGGGCGGACCGGCGCCCGGCAUCAUGAGGUUGAGAUUGAGCUUGGCGCCAAGUGCCUUGACACCAGAAGGGGAUGGCGCGGGCUCAGGCGAUGGGGUCGGCUCGGAGACGGACGAUGACGCCGGAGCAGGCUCGGGCGAUGGCAUGGGCUCCGGCGACGACGCAGACACGGGCUCAUGGGGGG